ACGGUGUUAGUGUGGCUGUGUGGAAAGUGGGAACCAUUGUCCCGCGGCACCAGGUUCUUUCCUUAACAGCGUUACCCAAAAACAUCUACCUUUAAAUCCUCCGACGCCACUGUCUUAUCCAUCGAUUCCAUCUUUUCCGAUUUUACUCCCGAAAACAGAAAUGGACAUCCAGCAAUCAAUCACCAACCAAACCCACGUCUCAAUCACACUCGCAAACCACCUCCUCUCCAAGAAAUCCCCAACCUCCAACACUGUAUUUUCUCCCCUUUCCAUCCAUGUCGUCCUCAGCCUAGUCGCCGCCGGUUCUAAUGGCCAAACACUCGAUCAGCUGCUAUCUUUUCUCAAAACAAAAUCCAUCGACGACGUCAACUCUCUUUCUUCGCAGCUUGUGUCCUUGGUCUUCGCCGAUGGAAGCCCAAGUGGCGGCCCUCGUUUAUCUUUCGCAAACGGUGUUUGGGUUGAGCAAACCCUUUCUCUUAAACCUUCUUUCAAACAGGUGGUGGACACUGUUUACAACGCCGCUUCUAAUCAAGUUGAUUUCCAAACCAAGGCUAUUGAGGUAGCCAAUGACGUGAAUCUGUGGGCGGAAAAGCAGACCGGUGGCUUGAUCAAAGAGAUCCUUCCUUCCAACGCUGUCGACAGCACGACGAAGCUUAUCUUUGCAAACGCAGUCUAUUUCAAGGGAUCUUGGAGCGAGAAGUUCGAUCCAUCGAAGACAAAAGACCACGACUUCCAUCUCAUCGACGGAAGCAAAGUUCAAGUCCCCUUCAUGACCUCCAAGAAAAAGCAAUUCGUUCGUUCCUACGAUGGUUUUAAAGUGUUGGGUCUUCCCUAUUUACAGGGCGAAGAUAAACGUCGUUUCUCAAUGUACUUCUUCCUCCCAGAUGAAAAAAAUGGCCUCCCAUCUCUAUUACAGAAAAUGGGUUCCGAAUCUGACUUCUUGGAUCGUCACGUCCCACGUCAGAAAGUAGAAAUCGGGGAGUUUUUGAUCCCGAAAUUUAAGAUCUCUUAUGGGUUUGAAGCUUCUGAGAUGUUGAAGGAACUAGGUCUGGUAUUGCCCUUCAGUGGUGGAGAAGGUCUGACUGAAAUGGUGGAAUCCUCCAUGGGUAAAAACCUGUAUGUUUCAAGCAUUCAUCAUAAAUCGUUUGUGGAGGUGAAUGAAGAAGGUACGGAAGCUGCUGCUGCAUCUGCAGCUGUUGUGAUGCUCAGAUCUUUGAUGACUGGUGAUAAGAUCGACUUUGUAGCGGAUCAUCCUUUCGUGUUUGUAAUUAGAGAAGAUAUGACUGGAGUCGUUCUGUUUAUGGGACAAAUAGUUGACCCUCGCGAUGCUUGAUCAUAACGGAUAUGUAAUAUGAUAGUUGAACUUGAGUUUUUGUAUGCUUUGAUGUGUGUAUGUUUACGAGUGGCAAUAAAUCUUUGAUAUCAUGAA